UUGCAUGACUUUUUAUUAAUUUAAAGACCAGUAUUUAUUUCUUUAUGUUGAAACUUUUUUGUGUGGAACGUUUUUCUUGUAACUGACCGAAAAGUUUUUUUAAAGUUUGAAUCGUGAAGUUGGCUGUCGUCAGGAAGAACUAGUAUUUUUGAUAUCUUCUUAAGAAGAAAAAUGAGCUAAAGAACAAAACCAGCUUCUCCGACCUACUACAAACAUAAAAAUAAAUAAGAAAGAAAAUUAUGACGCCAUAAUUGCCAACAGAACUACGAUUACUGAAACACUAUGAAACACAAUAAAAUCGAUGUAAAAAUAAAACAUCAGCUAUUAAAACAAUAUGAUUAUAACAGAUACAACUGGUUUAUGAUGCCAAGUUAAGAAUAGAAAAAAAUAUGCCAGCCGUAGAAUGGACGAGCAACGACACAAAUCUUACUGGCUUCGAAAAUACAAACGUCACCGAUCUUAUAGAAAACAAGGCAGUUCAAGCAUUAUUUUGUACGGCAUACGCCAUAAUAUUUGUUGUAGGAAUCUUCGGCAAUGCCCUAGUAUGUUACGCAGUGAUCAGGAACCGAGCUAUGCAAACCGUCACUAAUCUUUUCAUCACGAACCUCGCGUUAUCCGAUAUACUCUUAUGCGUAUUUGCUGUACCAUUUACUCCUCUUUACACGUUUCUUGGCAGAUGGGUGUUUGGCGGUCUGCUAUGCCAUAUCAUGCCUUAUGCCCAAGGCUGCAGCAUCUACAUUUCCACUUUAACCCUAACUUCGAUAGCUAUAGAUAGAUACUUCGUCAUCAUUUAUCCAUUCAAACCUCGGAUGAAAAUUAAAACCUGUAUCGGGCUUAUUGUCUUCAUUUGGAUUUUUGCGUUGUCAGUCACAUUCCCUUACGGCUAUUAUAUGGCUCUUCAAGACAUUUACUGCGACGAGCAAUGGCCGUCAGAUCAAAUUCAUAAGGCGUUUGGUGCUGUCACGACUAUCAUGCAAUUUGUUGUUCCUUUCAUAGUUAUGGCCUUCUGUUACACCUGUGUUAGUGUCAAACUAAAUGAUAGAUUAAAAUCAAGACCAGGCAGUAAAAACAGUAAGAAAGAAGACGCAGAGAGAGAAAGGAAGAGAAGAACAAAUAGAAUGCUUAUAGCAAUGGUAGCUAUAUUCGGAUUUUCUUGGCUGCCUCUGAACUUGAUUAAUAUAAGCAGUGACUUUUAUUCCUUGACUGAAACGUGGACGUAUUACAUGGUGAUAUUUUUCACAGCUCACUUCAUAGCAAUGUCUUCCACUUGCUAUAAUCCGUUUUUGUAUGCAUGGCUCAAUGAGAAUUUCCGGAAGGAAUUUAAGCAAAUACUCCCGUGCUUAGGAGCGUUUGUAACGAAGAGUAAAAGGAAAUGUAAUCAAUCAGAAAGAACCGGAGCUUUUCGCUCAGAAAAGACUUGUAAUGGAAACGAUACAAUUCAGGAGUCACUUUUAACGUCAACUGUAAAUAAAAUGCCUUCCGUUAGAUAUAAAAUUGAAUUCAAUGAGAAGCUUAAACCAUUUGAAGAUGAGGAAGCAGACAAUAUCAGUCCUGAUGACAAGCCUGAGGGCAAUCCAAGUCCUAAUGAAGACUGCUUAAAUAUGUACAUGUUGGCGGAUAAAUCAGUAACUACAUCGGAUAAAGAGCCAAUUGUUUCGGUGUUGUAGUUGUAAUGAAAACCAGACUCACAGCCACCAACCUCGCUUCAUUACCAGUAUUACCAGUAAUAUGUCUAACUUUUCCAAAAAAAAAACACUACGAGAAAUAUUAAUUAAAAAUCUUCAUUUUGAAUUGAAAUAAGUUUGGACGGAUCUAAUAUUAUUCUCAUAUGAGAAUAUUUAUGAAAAAAUCUAUGUAUUUAUUUAUUUGGAUAUGUACUCGUUUUGUACUAAUUUUUCUUAUCAUUAAUGUACAUUUUUUUAUUGACCUUCAUGAUAAUUAAUCACAUAAAUUUAUUAAUUUGUGUACAUUAAAUUUGUUAAUACAAAAAAUAUAUGUAGUGUUUAUAAAUAUUAAAAUAUUCAUUGUCAACAUGUAAAAAUCACAAAUAUAACUAUUUAGUAUACGAAAUGUAAAUCUAAUUAAUAGCUAUAAAGUAUUUAAAACAUGUAAAUAAUUUUAAUAGUGUAAAUAUAUUUUAAAAAAAGUAUUUACGUCAAUUAUAGUUCCAUGGGAACUCUGAGCCCAUUGUCGAAAGUACUUUUUUAUGUAGACGACAUUGUAAUAAUUAUAAGCGUAUUAUUUUUGUAAUUGUAAAAUAAUUGUACAUAAAUGAUGCAAUGCCUUGUAAUUAACGUCAAUGGAAAAAAUGUGUGCAAUUUGCUGUCGUUAUAUCAAUAAAAGUAUGCCAACGGUA